UAAUUUAAUUAUUUUGAUAACUUUUGGUGGGUUUUCUUCCCUUGACCUGCCCUGGGUAGGGUUUUUGGGCAGGGGUUUAAACACUUGAAAGGCUUGAAGCGCACAACUCUCCUGCUUCCAGUCCCUCCAUACGGCACCACCCAUGGCCAGUAACGACUCUCAAGAUCAAGAGUCUCGUAGAAUAGAGCUAAUGGACCACGAGUUUGGAGUAGAAAAAGAACUCGAAGAAGAAAGCGAAGACGAAGAGGUCGAAGGCUGGGACGACUGGGAGGCAGAAAACGAUGACGUAGAUGAAGGAGAAAGCUCCGACACCGAUUUCCUUUGCUUUUUCUGCCACUCGAGGUACGGUUCGUGCGAUGCGCUGUUCGAUCACUGCAGUUCGUCGCACCACUUCGAUUUUCGGGGUAUUCGGACGGGGUUGGGUUUGGAUUUCUACGGUGCAUUCAAGCUCAUUAACUACGUCCGCUCUCAGGUGGCAGAACAUAGAUGUUGGAAUUGCGGUGUUGCCUGCCAGUCAAACCAAGAUCUACAGAAUCAUUUACACGAGACAGUCAACAUUGAAGCCAUUAAUCCACUUUUGGAUGACGAAAGAUACCUAAAACCUUUCAUGAAAGAUGACUCACUAUUGUAUAAUUUUGGUGAAGAUGAAGAAGGUGAAGAUGACUAUGCCGUACCAAUUGACAAAGAGGAACUGAUAAGGGACUUGAAGAAUUAUGAAGAUAUUUCUAUUGAUGAUGAUCAUGCUGAUACCUGUGACAAAAGUGGAGUGAAAGUUGUUUCUGCUUCCAAUGAAAAAAAUGGUGUGAGUUCAAUAGAACACGCUGGCUCAACUGGUGGAAAGCUGAAAGAAACACAUUUAAGAGCUUUUCCAACUAUCAUUGCAAAAGAAAUCAAGAAUGUGAAUGAUAAUUAUUUUGGGGCCUACAGUUCAUUUGGCAUCCACAGAGAGAUGAUAAGUGAUAAGGUAAGAACGGAUGCUUAUAGACAAGUCAUCUUGAAAAACCCCUCUCUUUUGAAGAAUGCUGUUGUUAUGGAUGUAGGUUGUGGGACUGGCAUACUAAGUCUAUUUGCUGCUCGAGCUGGAGCUUCAAGGGUAAUUGCAAUUGAAGCAAGUGAGAAGAUGGCUGCUGUCGCAACUCAGAUUGCAAUGGACAAUGGCCUUUGGCAGGGUAAAAUCCCAAACGGAGGUUUUAAUCAACCCACAGGGGUAAUAGAAGUGGUUCAAGGUAUGGUUGAAGAACUUGAUAAAUCUUUACAAGUCCAGCCUCAAAGUGUUGAUGUGUUAGUGAGUGAAUGGAUGGGGUACUGCCUACUUUAUGAGUCAAUGCUCAGCUCAGUUCUCUUUGCCCGGGACCGAUGGUUGAAGCCUGGAGGUGCUAUCCUCCCUGACACUGCAACUAUUUUUGUUGCAGGAUUUGGUAGAGGUGGUACCAGUCUUCCAUUUUGGGAAAAUGUGUAUGGUUUCAACAUGUCUUGUAUCGGCAAGGAGCUUGUUGGGGAUGCUGCCCAAACACCUAUAGUUGACAUUGUGGAUAAUCUUGAUAUAGUGACUAGUUCUGCAGUUCUUCAGACAUUUGACUUGGCAACAAUGAAACCGGAUGAAGUGGAUUUCACUGCAAGUGCUGUGCUGGAACCAUGUUUUGGUGGUUCUAGUGGUAGCAUCACAGAUGAUUUGGAAUCCCUGACAACAUUAUGUUAUGGGGUUGUCUUGUGGUUUGAGACUGGUUUUACUAGCAGGUUCUGCAAAGAAAUGCCAGGCGUGUUGUCCACAUCCCCAUACACACCAAAAACGCAUUGGUCACAAACAAUCCUUACCUUCCGGGAGCCAAUUGCCAUUGCGUCAGAAAAACUGAUUGGUGACAGAUUGGCAGCAGUGGGCACCGAUGCCUGUCCUGCUACAAAAAUUCAUUUGCGCAUCAGCAUCGCUCGUGCUGCUGAACAUCGCAGCAUUGACAUUUCCUUAGAAAUUGCUGGAUUUGGUCCCGAUGGUAGGAGACGCAAGUGGCCUGCACAACUAUUUAGUCUACGUUAGGACAUAUACAAUUGAUCAGAAAACUGGCAUUUUCCAAUUCCCAUCUUGGCUGGCAGCCUUUGUGGAUUGGUUUUGGAUCAUUGAGUUUUGUUGUAUUCAUCA